AGACUUUAUUCAUUUAGUCAUUGCUUGACAAGACAUAGCCCCAACAAAAUUCAAUAAAUAUUUAACCAUUUGAAAAUAAUUUUUUUUUGGCAAUACCGCACCCUAAAUUCAUUAAGAUCGAAAAUGUGUGACGAGGGUAAUUCUGUUUUGGUCAUUGACAAUGGUUCGGGGAUGUGCAAAGUCGGAUUUGGCGGCGAUGAUGUGCCCACUGCCAUCUUCCCAUCGAUUGUCGGCCGUCCCCGUCAUAUGUCGGCAAUGUUUGGAAUUGGCGUAAACAAAUCGUAUGGCGGCACUGACGACGCCUAUGUGGGCGAUGAGGCGCAGAAAUCCCGUGGUGUGCUGGCCCUGCGGUAUCCCAUCGAGCGUGGCAUUGUCGUUGACUGGGAUGAGAUGGAGAAGAUCUGGCAUUACACCUUCCACACUGCUCUCAAGGUGGCGCCAGAUGAGCAUCCUGUGCUGCUGACGGAGCCGCCGCUCAACCAGAAGGCCAGCCGCGAGACGAUGACCCAGAUCAUGUUCGAGAAGUUCGACACUCCGGCCAUGUAUCUGGCCGUCCAGGCGGUGCUCACCCUCUACUCCUCGGGUCGCAUCACCGGCAUGGUAGUGGACUCUGGCGAUGGCAUCACCCACACCACUCCCGUCUUCGAGGGCUAUGCCCUGCCGCACGGCGUCUCGCGUUUGGAGCUGGCAGGCUGCGACCUCACCGAUUACCUGAUGCGGAUCCUGUAUGAGCGUGGCAACUCGUUCUGCACCACCGCCGAGCGGGAAAUUGUGCGCGAUCUCAAGGAGCAGCAUUGCUAUGUCGCCGAGGACUUCCAGCAGGAGAUGGACAACCCAUCGGACAGUUCGUCGCUGGAGGAAACCUACCAGCUACCCGAUGGACAGGUUGUUUCGGUGGGAAACGAGCGUUUUCGUUGUCCCGAGGCGAUGUUCCAGCCCGCCCUCCUGGGCGUGGAGUCCAGUGGCAUUCACGAGACCACCUAUAGCUCCAUUUUGAAGUGUGAGGUGGAUAUUCGCAAGAGCCUCUACAGCAACAUUGUCCUCGCCGGUGGCACCACCAUGCUCAAGGGCUUGCCGGAGCGCAUGCUGAAGGAAAUGACCCGCCUGGCACCAUCCACCAUGGAUAUCAAUAUAGCAGCACCUUCAGAUCGCAAGAUCUCCGUGUGGCUCGGUGGCUCGAUCCUCUCCUCGCUCACAUCGUUCCAGCACAUGUGGAUUACCAAACAGGAUUACGACGAAAUGGGUGCAUCCAUAGUGCACCGCAGCUGUGCCUAAGGGAAGGAAAAAUUGAAGCAGUGUACUAAAUUUAUUGCAAAUUUCAAACAUAAAUAAAUCAACAGUUUCUUA